AUGGACCCGUCCAGCCACCACCAGGACCCAUCUCAGCAAGCCCAAGUCUCCUCUGCAUCCACCUCGUCGCGCAAGCGGUCCCGCGAGAACGAGACACCCAGCCAGAGACACAAACGUGAAAAGGCCGCCGAGCGUCAGCGCCGGAAGCGCGAGCGAGACCGCCAGGCAGGGCUUAACAACAUCCUUGCCCUAUCUCAGGUGCAGCAGGCCGGCCAGCAGCCCAUCGAGGCGCCCGCUGCGCUCCCGCCUACAAUGGAUUUCAGCAAGGGCGACGACGCAUCCGUCGAGGAGGUGGCCAAGCGCGAGCGCGUCCGCGCCGCUGCGAGGGAGCGGCAGCGCAAGCACCGUGCGCUCGUCAAGGCGCGCAAAAUGCGGGAGCUGGGCAUGGAUAUGGGGAACGAGAUCAUGCCUGGUAUGGAGGAUGUGCAGUACCGCAUGAGCGCGGACGGCCAGUACCAGCCUGUGAUGCCACACGAGAUGCAACCUCAUCCUCCCCCUCACCCCCAUGUCAUGCACGAGCCCCCGUUCCCUCAGGGCCCGCCCCUCGGCGGGCAAACCUUCGCGUCGACCCUCCUCCUGUCCUUCUCCUGUGCGCCGCUCCUGAAGCAGCACCUCCUCCGAUCGCUGAACAUGACUAAUGAAGAGCUCGCGUCGCUCGAGCCCAUCAUCGCACAAGCGUGGGAUCACUGGGACCAACAGCGACGUAUGCACUAUGCACACCACGCCGCAAACGGCCAUAAAGCGCCAGACGGCAGCGCCGUGCAGGACCCGAACGCGGCCCCCUAUCCGCCCGGGAUGAACUACGUCCACGACCCCUCCCAAGCCGCCCCGAACGACUUUCGUGCCCGCUUCCACCGGCCACUCGUCGCGCCCUCUCCCUUCCGCUCCUCCCUCGUCGGCACAGACCCACAACAGGGCGGGCAGUCGAUCUCUGCGUCCACCUCAACAGGCGCACCGGGCACAUCGAGCGACGGGAUGGACCCUGCGGUGACAAUGUCUGCGACGAGCAAUACGGGUGAGCCGAGGCCUGCACUACUAUCAGCUGUGACAGGUAUCGAUCCGCAGCUUGGCCAGGCACGCGAUGAGGCGGCGGGUGUGGCGGGGAAGCUGGAGAGGUCAUGA